GCCCUUUUCGAACAGUGUGACGAGGCGCUGUUCGUGGGGGGUGUCGGCGUUGAGGUGUGCGAGCUUUGCAAGUUUGCGGUGGUGCCAGCGGAAGGCACUCCGCUGAGACGGGCACUGAGCAAGUCCCUGUUUCGGAGCAGCUACGCCCAUGGCACGCUGCUCAAGGCAACUUGUUGGUCAGAGCGCUACAGCUCGCUUCCCAGAACCAACUUCGAGCAGAUUUGCGCCAAUGGCAAAUGGCUCGACCGAGAUGGGGCCGACGGCUUGAGCCAGUUCUCAUGCAUCGCCCUUGUCCAGGUCGUUAGCAGCUACUACCAGGACCUCGACUCGCGCAACUGGCAGGAGCUCUACGGUUCGAAUGGCAUCCAGCACAUACUACUUACGACGAGUUGGCUCCCAGAAGCCCAAACAAACAAUAAUGCCUUUAAGAUCGUGGCAGGUGCUGUGCACUCAGUCUUUGCCAAAACAGGCCUCCAAAUUUGCCGAUCCUUUCAAGCAUUGCUUGACGGCUUUGUGCGUGUGCUUCUUUUUUUGGACAAGGAGUUCCUCUUGUGUGCAAGCGAGCAGGAGCUGGGCGAUUUCUACGUGAAACAAAAGCCGACGGCCGCGCCACAGGAGAACAGCGGCAAGCGUUAUGCAACAGCAGUGCUGGAUUCAAGGCGCCAGUUCGUAUCCGCGAUAGACGAGAGCCAGUGCCUGAGCACUGCAAGCCACUGGGCGGAAGGCGGUUCCCUGGAUUUGGAGGAUUGUGCCGACUCGGCAGAACAGCUGCUGGACGGGAAUAUGGUGGCCAGUGCAUUCUACGAGAAGUACAAGGCCGAAAACGAAGCAGAGGUGGAUCCUACUCCGGUGUCCAAUGCGAAGACCCUCUUCGAUGUAAAUGGGGAUUUGGACUGCGAGGCUGAUGCCGUCAGCAGGGUGCUGCAGAAAAUCAAGUUUUCCAGGACGCAGAUCAGCGGCACCUGUGUGGUGGCCACCACGGCGACGCGGAAGCCUUUGGCAAGCGUGAGCUUAAGCUUCCAGCUCGUGAACAGCCGCUGGCAGAAGUGCAUCGCCGCGGUGCCAUGCCAGCCAGAUACGCAAGGCUCUGCCGGGUGCAUCGGCCAACUGCAGGAGUGCGAAGCGCGAGAGGACCAGGCCUUCAAGAUCGACACACAGGCAGACGGCAUAGACUUCCUCCAAAACCGUGGGGAGACAAUGUACAUCACCGCCGAGCCGAAUGCAGUACCAUUCAGGUGGCAGGUGCCAGACCGGGGGACGUACUUGGGAUGGCUGGGUUUCAUGGCAGCCGUUGGUUCUCAGGGUUUUAUUCCUGUGGUGGUUGUGGCCACAGUUUCCUCCGCAGACGGAAAUGGCCUCACUUAUGAUGGGCAGAUUGGCGACUCCUUGCCAUGGGACCAGGGGUUGCCUCAAACCUUGGAGGCGACCUGGUACAAAGGCAGCGCCGUGCAGGGCAACGACAUCAACUGCGUGUGUGAGCCGGGGACGGUGAUGCAACGCUUCGACAAGAGCCGGGAUUUCGUCAAGUUCCUGUGCGUGGAGGUGCCCAACCUGGGUGCCUGCACCGAGGAGACCUCGGUGCAACAGACAAUCGACGGGAGCACCUCGCAAAUCGACGUCGACUGUGGCAAGGACCGCGGUCUUCAAGCCAUUCAGGCUGAGAUUGACUCCAAGAGCAGAUGGACAAACUUCCGUUUCCGAUGCUGCCAGAUCACCGCCAACCCCGUGCGCAUGACCAAGUUCGGGUCAGGCCGCGUGCCUCCCGACCCAGCAGAGCAAGGGAUAUACGAUGCGGUUGCCCGCGAUGAUUUUGGCCGACCCCUAUACGACGGGAAAGACUGGAGCGGGAGGGCUGUAGGCACCCUGUAUCAUAAUGCGGACACCGGGCAGUGGUGUGUAUCCGCGGAAUGUGUUUCCAGCGAUCUGGUAAAUCCACUGGACCAGCAGCUGGGCGGGGAGAACUGGCAGGCACCAGCAGUGCCAAAGCGGAUGAAACAGCGUCGUACUG